AUGUCAUCACCAGCCAAGGAUCGUUACAAACUCGUCUACACCGUCCUUCCAGCCUACCUUCAGGCCACGAAAGAUGCAAUCUUCGCAGCCGGAGGCGGCAUCUACGCGGACGGAAAAUACAUCCAAGUUUCUUUUGAGAUUCCAGGAACUGGACAGUUCCUCCCAGUUGCUGAAGCUGGUGCUAAGCCCCACACCGGAACCCCUGACAAAUUGGAGAAGGUUGAGGAGGUAAGGGUUGAGAUCACAUGUACGGGGAGAGAGGUCACAAAGGCAGCUGUUGCCGCGUUGAAGAAAGCACACCCAUUUGAGGAAGUUGGGUAUGAAGUAUACAAGAUUGAGGACUUUUGA